GCGCGCCACCUGGCCGAGCGCGCAUGCGCCUGCACUGCCAGUGCUGGGGGCGUCCGUAUCGCUUACUCCUCAGUCUCCGCAACCCCCGCCCCACCGAGAGUCGGGAUCACGCCAUCUUGCACCCCCCCCAUCGCCCCGUCACCCAGCCGAGUCACCUUUUCCCUUUCUACACUCCACACUCUCUGUCCCCCAUCCCGCCCCUUUCCAAGCGUGUCCCGGGCCGCAGCAGCAGAAACCGCACCAUCUCCACCCCUACAUUCUCCUCGCGGGAAGCGCAGCAGUGCCUCCAAGGGUUCUUAAAGCAGAGAUGAAUAAUACGGCAGCUAGUCCAAUGUCUACUGCAACUUCAAGUAGUGGAAGGAGUACAGGGAAGUCUAUAAGCUUUGCAACAGAAUUACAGAGUAUGAUGUAUUCUUUAGGUGAUGCUAGAAGGCCUCUUCAUGAAACAGCAGUUUUGGUAGAAGAUGUGGUACACACUCAGUUAAUUAAUCUGUUACAGCAAGCUGCUGAAGUUUCUCAGCUGCGGGGAGCAAGGGUAAUCACUCCUGAAGAUCUUCUGUUUUUGAUGCGCAAAGAUAAGAAAAAACUUAGAAGACUGCUAAAAUACAUGUUUAUCCGAGACUACAAAUCAAAGAUUGUCAAAGGCAUCGAUGAGGAUGAUCUUCUCGAAGACAAAUUGAGUGGCAGCAAUAAUGCGAACAAAAGACAAAAGAUUGCUCAGGACUUCCUCAACUCUAUUGACCAGACAGGAGAACUUUUAGCAAUGUUUGAAGAUGACGAAAUUGAUGAAGUUAAACAAGAAAGAAUGGAGAGAGCAGAAAGACAAACUCGAAUUAUGGAUUCAGCUCAAUAUGCAGAAUUCUGUGAAAGUCGACAAUUAAGUUUCUCCAAAAAAGCUUCCAAAUUUCGAGACUGGUUGGACUGCAGCAGUAUGGAGAUAAAACCCAAUGUUGUCGCAAUGGAAAUCUUAGCAUAUUUAGCGUAUGAAACUGUGGCACAGUUAGUGGAUCUGGCUCUUCUUGUGAGGCAAGACAUGGUAACCAAGGCAGGGGACCCCUUCAGCCAUGCCAUUUCUGCAACCUUCAUUCAGUAUCACAACUCUGCUGAGAGCACUGCAGCCUGUGGUGUUGAGGCUCACAGCGAUGCCAUCCAGCCCUGCCACAUCAGAGAGGCCAUUCGACGCUACAGCCACAGGAUUGGCCCACUUUCCCCAUUCACAAAUGCCUACCGCAGGAAUGGGAUGGCUUUUCUAGCCUGCUGAUGUGACAACUGUGAUGUGCCUGCAACAACAGGAAAGGCAAUGUUACAUUAAGGAGUAAACCAAGCCAAUUCAGCACUUCCUGUUUACUUCCUUGUCAUAUGUAUCAUAGAUGGUGACAGACCUGCUCUCAAAACAAGCUUCCUUCAUUUAAUUCUGCAUUUUCUGCUUAGGCAACCACCCUAUCAAUAUACUUGAACAAUGAAACAAUUUGGCUACGGAAGCACUGUCUCUGAAUUCCUCCUUCAACUUGUCAGUGGAAAGGAAAGUCCCUUGGUGGAAUGGUAGGAAUAGUUUUAAGCGGGGUAUCACACAGUGCCUUACAGUGGAGAAUAUCAAAGCAUUUUCAGCUCUUAAUCUUUGUAUGCAUGACAUGGGUGAACACGAGACUAAUAAACAACUUGAUUUCCUUAGGAGA